AUGGCUCACGGGGCUGUAGAUCAGAUCUCUCUCCCGCCUUCCUUUGCUCCCUCCCCCACACUGGGCUUUGCUGCAGUCCUCAAUAAGGCUAAACCUCCUUCCCUCCCUGGGGUCUUCACACCCUGGGGUGUCUUCAUGGAAGGGUCCUUUGAGCAGGAUCUUGAAGAAUGCAUAGGAAAUUUCCCAGAAGAAAGUGAUGGGGAAGACAGUGGAAUUCCAGCUGACUCUCGGAACCGAGUAGAGUGCAAGCUCAUUAACCUUCGCGGAAGUUUUGUGAGGUGGUGGCUGCUGCUGGUGCCGCUGCUGUGGUCGGGGCUGGCUCUGGGCACGCUCGCCGUGGACGGCAGCCCCCACCGGGUCCUGUACGACCUGCUGUCGGAGCAGCAGUUGCUGGAGGUGGAGGACUUGUCUCUGACCCUGCUGCGGGGAGGAAGGCUAGGGCCACAGUCCCUGCCCCCGGACCUGCCAGAUCUGGAUCCCGAGUGCCGGGACCUGCUGCUGGACUUCGCCAACAGCAGCGCAGAGCUGACGGGGUGUCUGGUGCGCGGCGCCCGGCCGGUGCGCCUCUGCCAGACCUGCUACCCCCUCUUCCAACAGGUCGCCAGCAAGAUGGACAACAUCAGCCGCGCCGUGGGGAAUACUUCAGAGAGUCAUAGUUGUGCCAGAAGUCUCUUAAUGGCAGAUAGAAUGCAAAUAGUUGUGAUUCUGUCUGAGUUCUUUAAUUCCACAUGGCAUAAGGCAAAUUGUGCAAAUUGUUUAACGAACAAAAGUGAAGAAUUAUCAAUUAGCACGUUAAACUUCCUCAAUCAAUUUAAUAACACCUUGACCUGCUUUGAGCAUAACCUUCAGGAGAGCAUACACAGUCUUCUGCAGUUAAGAAACUAUUCAGAAGUAUGCAAAAACUGUCGCAAUGCGUACAAAACUCUGAGUAGUAUGUACAGUGAAAUGCAAAAAAGGAAUGAACUUGAGAAUAAGGCUGAACCUGGAACACAUUUAUGCAUUGAUGUGGAAGAUGCAAUGAACAUUACUCGAAAACUUUGGAGUCGAACUUUCAAUUGUUCGGUCCCUUGCAGUGAUACUGUGCCUGUAAUCGCUGUUUCUGUGUUCAUCCUUUUUCUACCUGUGGUCUUCUACCUUAGUAGCUUUCUUCACUCAGAACAAAAGAAACGAAAACUCAUUCUACGUCAGAGGGUAAAUCCAGUUCCUGUUACUCCAUCAUGGCUGAAAGCAGAAGUCCUACAGCCUCCUCAGAUCUGCCCUGAAAAAGCUUAAACGAACGCAUUGGGAAGAUCAAACUCAAGUAACUUAGCUGCAUGUCAGAAUAUAGCAAAUCCAGUGUCCCGCAAUGUAAAAUUCACAAUGUCUGUCAUCUAGGAAAAAUGACCAGGCAUACGAAGAAGCAGGAGAAGAUGACCCACACCCAGGAGAAAAAUCAACCAAUAGAGACAGAUCCAGAAAUGACAGAGGUGAUGGAAUUAGCAGACGAAGAACUUAAAACAUCUAUUGUAAAUUGUGAGGAUGUAGAGGAAAACAUGUUGAGGAGAGAUAUGUAAGUUCCUUAUUUUAUAAAGAACCAGAGACUUAGAUCCUAGUCUUGAUGCUUCCACGAGCUGGCUGUGUGAUCCGGGAGAAUACCUCUCCCUCUGUGGGCUAAUGACGUCCCUGCUAAUGCUCUCUUCCUCUCGAUCUUUCUCACCCCAUGAGUUCUACAUCCUACGUAUCUGCAUGUCUCCAUCUCUACCUCCCAAUCAUCUCUCCCCUGGACUAUGGCCAGUCUCCCAUCCUAGAAACUGCCACACCCAAUCCUUUUCUCCCACAACAUAGCCAGAGAGAUUUUUCUAAAAUGAACAAUAAACCAUGCCUCUCUUCUCGCCCUCCACUGCCCUUAGGAUAAAAUCUGAAGUCCAUCUUGCAGACUCGAGGCCCCUCUUGGUCUGGUCCCACCCUGCUAGCUCCCUUGAGCCUCUCCAGAAACCAUUCUUUCCCUCACGGCUCCACUCCUGCCCUUUCACCUGGGAGCUUCUUGCCUAGAACGUAUCACCCGAUGAUUUUUUCACUCAAUUAAUUUCUGCUUCUUCAUCAAAUUCCCAGUUUAAACACCACGUCCUCAGGGAAGGUUUCCCUGACCACCUAGGUCCCGCCCCAUGACUCAGUUGGGCGCUGCUCCUGCUCUGCACUUUCCUAUUUCUCGGAUUCAGUGGUCACAGCACUUAUUUCACCACAUGGUAAAUGCUUAAUUGUCUCUGCCCGUCCCAACCUCUGUGCCUGUUCCCCAUGGUGUCCCUGGUUCUAAAAAGAACAAAGGAAUGUCUAUCCUCUGUAAUCUAUUCCAGUUCUGCUCCUCCAUCCCAUCCCCAGAGCCCUGUGCUAGGCCAUGGCCCUGUCACCCUGGAUCAUGAAGUAGCCUCAGACCAGCCUCCCUGCCUGAGUGUCUUCACACAAUUCACUCUGCUCACAGCAGCAGGAGCCGCUGUCCUCAAGCAUUUGAUCAUAUCACUGCCCUCCUUAGAAGCCGACAGUAGUUCCAAUUGCCUCUUGAAUUAAAUUAAAACUGUUAAGCAUGGGUUUCAAGGGUCUCUACCAAUUAGCUGCCUCCCUCCCCCCACAUCUAACUGAUGUCAUCUUCUCACAGGCCCUCAAGCAAGGCUUCCCCUGCUGCCCUGAACACCUGCGCCAUGUCCGUCACCUCCCUCCUAAGCCAGUACCUGGGGCAUUUCUCUCCUUUCUUAGCCCACUCCCUCUUUCUCCCAAGUCAUAGCUCUUCCCCCAUUUUAGAAAUACAGG